AGAUGGCAGCGUUAAGGAAGAUGCUUAGUUCUGUUAUUGACCAACAAAAGCAUCAGGCCGAGCAUCAUAUGCAUAGCCAUUCACCGUCAUCUUCGGUUAGACCAUCAUCCCCUGUGGCACCGUCUGUUGGAGAGCAAGCUGAAGAAUUUGAUGCACCCAUAGACGGUUCCAAUGGUAGGAAGGAGGAUGAUGAUUGUACUACACCGUUUGAGCCUAUCGUACCUGGAGGACCCUAUGUGGAGGAUUCCUGGGCUUUGAUGCCAUAUCAGCCUUUGCAUUUCGGGUGGGAUAUCAGGGUGAUUGUGGCGUCUACGCUCUGA